GGAAUAAACUUUGGGUGUAAGGCAGGAUUUAGCUCCUGGAUGAUAUGCUGGAAACUCACACAGAAGUGAACUCUUAAAUAUGCAGGAAGCAGUCACUCUCCUGCUUCUCUUGGCUGCUGUGUCAGAGAGAGAGGCGCUGCACUUAAUCCACUUACCAGCUACAAGCAACGUGGCAGAGAAUUCUCCACCAGAGACUGCAGUACACAGGUUUGCCGUGAAUUUAUCAGCAUCACUGUCACCUGUGAUUCCAGGCUUUCCCCUGAUAAUCAACUCGAGUCCUCUCACUGAGGCCUUCAAGGUGAAUGGGCUGUCAGACACCGACUUUGAGGUUGUCACCACUGGGAAGGAACAACUAGAUUUUGAAACAGGACCAAACAUAUUUGAUUUGCAGAUUUAUGUGAAGGAUGAGGUUGGUGUUACAGACCUGCAGGUCCUCACUGUCCAGGUAACAGAUGUGAAUGAGCCGCCUUACUUUCUAGGCAACUUGGCGAAAGGUUUAGAGCUCUACAUAGCAGAAGGAGCAAACCCAGGAUUCAUUUACCAGGUUGAGGCCUUUGAUCCAGAAGACACAAGCCGAAACAUACCCCUCAGUUAUUUCCUGAUUUCUCCCUCAAAGAGCUUCAGAAUGUCUGCUAAUGGUACCCUCUUCUCCACAACAGAAUUUGACUUUGAAGCAGGAAACAACAGUCACUAUCUCAUUGUGGAAGUGAGAGAUAGCCGAGGCCUCAAAGUCUCCACGGCGCUCCAGGUGAACAUUUUGAACGUCAACGACGAAAUCCCUCGCUUUACCAGCCCAAAGCGAGUGUACAGAAUUCUGGAGGAGCUGAGUCCAGGGACCAUCGUGGCCAAUAUCACAGCUGAGGAUCCUGAUGAUGAAGGUUCUACCAGCUGCCUUCUCUACAGCAUUACAACUAUUAACAACUAUUUUAUGAUAAAUCAGCUAACUGGUACAAUCCAAGUAGUCAACAGGUUAGACCGAGAUGCACGAGAAUUAAGACAAAAUCCCACCAUUUCUCUGGAAGUUCUGGUGAAGGAUAGACCCCAAGGGGGCCAGGAGAAUCGCAUCCAGAUAACCUUCAUUGUGGAAGACAUCAAUGACAACCCUGCUACUUGUACCAAGUUCACCUUCAGCAUUAUGGUGCCUGAAAGAGCAGCCAAGGGGACUCAGCUCCUGGACCUGAACAAGUCCUGCCUUGAUAAUGACAGCGAGGCACCAAAUAACAGAUUCAACUUCACCACGCCAUCUGGAGUGGAGAGCAGCAGCAGAUUUUUACAGGAUCCAGCUGGCUCUGGAAAGAUUGUGCUGAUUGGUGAUCUAGAUUAUGAAAAUCCAAGUAAUCUGGCAUCUGGCAAUAAAUACUUGGUAAUAAUCCAAGUGCAGGAUGUUGCCCCUCCUUACUAUAAAAAUAACAUCUACGUUUAUAUCUUAACAAGCCCAGAAAGUGAGUUUCCUCUCAUCUUUGAUAGGCCAUCCUAUGUAUUUAAUGUGUCAGAAGUAAGGUCAGCUAGAGCCCGGAUUGGACAGGUACGAGCGACCGAUAAAGACUUCCCCCAGAGUAACAUCGUGUACUCCAUCUCCAGUGGAGGGGCCAGCCUCCAGCACCCAAACAUAUUUUGGAUUAAUCCCAAGACAGGAGAACUCCAGCUAGUGACUAAAGCAGACUAUGAAACAACCCCCACCUAUAUUCUCAGAAUCCAGGCCACCAACAGUGAGGACACAAGCUCAGUCACUGUUACUGUGGACAUCCUUGAAGAAAAUGACGAAAAACCCAUAUGUACCCCGAACUUUUCUUUCCUUGCCAUCCCAGUGGAUCUGAAAGUUGGCACAAAUAUUCAAAAUUUCAAGCUGACAUGUACUGACCUUGAUUCCAGCCCCAGAUCUUUUCGUUACUCCAUUGGCCGAGGCAACAUCAACAAUCAUUUCACCUUCUCACCCAAUGCUGGCUCCAACGUCUCCCACCUGUUGCUUGCAUCUCGCUUUGACUAUACUGGUGGGCUUGAUAAGAUCUGGGACUAUAAGCUGCUUGUCUACAUAACUGAUGACAACUUGCUGUCUGGAAGGAAGAAGGCUGAGGCUCUUGUUGAAACAGGGACAGUGACAAUGAAUAUUAAAGUUAUUCCUCACCCAACCACAAUCAUCACGACAACCCCCAAGCCCAGGAUCACCUACCUGAUCCAGAGGGAAAAUGUUUAUUCUCCAUCAGCGUGGUACGUGCCUUUUGUCAUCACCUUGGGCUCCAUGUUACUUCUGAGUCUCCUGCUGUCCCUGAUAAUCCUGUUGGCCAAAGCCAUCCACAGACACUGCCCCUGCAAGACCAGGAAGGACAAGAAACCUCUGGUGAAGAAAGGAGAAAUGAAGAUGGCAAAGAGAGCCACUGUGGUGGAAACAAUCCAGAUGAACACAGUCUUUGAUGGAGAAGCCAUAGACCCAGUUACUGGGGAGAUAUAUGAAUUCAACUCAAAAACUGGAGCCAGGAAGUGGAAAGAUCCAUUAACCCAAAUGCCAAAAUGGAAAGAAUUCAGCCCCCACGGAACUGCUACUCACAGGGUCACUGCUGGUGAGAGGACAGGGCCACUGAGGACCACCAACAAGGAAGAAGAUGGGCUGAGUGGGAAAGGACAAGCUGAGGAUGCAGGCUUGGGUUCCAGAAACGAGGAUGGCAAGACUGGCACCCCCAAGAACAGAAACCCAACCCCCACAAGCACGGCUUCCCCUAAACUGGACCCAGGAAAGUAAAUGGUGCCUGGUGGCCAGGCCCACAGCACAGAAGAGGGGCCUUGAUUAUCAGCAGGGUGCUGCCUCACCCCAAAUUCUAUGAGGGCAGGUGUGGGAGUGAAGUCGAUGCAAAAAUGUGGGCUGAAGAGA